AUGGAGGGAUACUCCCAGGCCGACAUUCUCGCCGCUCUGCAGCGCCAGAGCGCCGCCCCGCCCCCGCCUGCCAAGCAGUAUAAGGAUCUCGACCAGACGGACCUCCACGACGGAUCGGAGAACAAGGUCAACACGCGGAAACUGUACUGCCCCCGCGAGGGGUGCCGCGCCGUCAUCGUGCAGCCGGGGACGUGCGAGCUGAUCGAGGCAAAGCCUGACCUGCUUCCCCGCGAGGACGGAUCGCCCUUCGCCCCCACCGAGGGCGCCUACUGGGUAGUGCGCGGCGGACCCAUGGCCUUUGACAACAUUGGCUACUCGCGCGCAGCCCCCGAGCCCUUGCACCCCGACACGCCGGGUAACAGCGACGGGGCCAAGCACAAGUUUCUCAUUUGUGCCGAGUGCGAUCUUGGGCCCCUGGGGUGGGCGUACGACGCUCCAGGAGGAAAGGGCGAGAGCUACCUUGCGGCGGACCGGUUGAAGUACUCCCACCCGUAA